AAUUCAGACUUCAGGAAGUGUGUCCCAUCACAACCGGAGGCGGAGGAGUCGACAGUUCAUUCUAGCUAGAAAAAGUAAACAACUCACGUUAGUUAAACACACACAGCUAAGGACAUGACCUGAUAGUAAACUGUGUAUCACGAAGAUUGAAUCGCGAUUUUAAACAGCGGGGACUGUAAAUGCCUGCUGGUCAGGACUGUAACCAUGCCCAUGUUACCUGUAGUGCCUGAAGUCCAGAGUCAUGUGCUGGCUGAGUUUGACUGUCUGGACCCCCUGCUCUCUGCACUCCGCCUGGACUCUGGCAGGCUUAAGUGCACCUCCCUGGCUGUAUCGAGGAAGUGGCUAGCUUUGGGAACGUCAGCUGGAGGGCUGCACCUCAUCCAGAGGGAAGGAUGGAAGCAGAGGCUCAUCCUCACACACAAGGAGGGAUCUAUCACUCAGGUGUCGUGUUGUCCACACGAUGAGGACUUUAUUGCUGUGGCAACAAGUCAGGGCCUGGUGGUAGUGUGGGAGCUUCAACUUGAGCGUCGUGGCAGACCAGAGAGGGUUAGUGUUUCCUGGGAACACCGUGGCCAGACGCUCACCUCUCUCUGCUGGGACACCGCAGCCCUCAGGGUGUUUGCUGGGGACAAGGGGGGCAAGGUGUCCUUCCUCCGCGCUGGAUCCUCCAAACUCGGAAAGGGCUCAGCGUUUGUGAUCUUCCCCGUCCAGACCAUCACUACUGUGGAUUCCAGGGUGGUUCAGCUGGGUUAUCUGGACGGACGACUGCUUGUGUCCUCUCUCAGCCGCUGCUACCUCUGUGACACGGAGAGGGAGAAGUUCUGGCGUGUCGGUAACAAGGAGCGUGACGGAGAAUACGGAGCGUGUUUCUUCCCUCUGAGUCGCGGCGUGACCGCUGGUCAACCUCCUCUGCUGUACUGUGCCAGGCCUGGGUCUAGAGUCUGGGAGGCCAGCUUCAGUGGAGAUGUCCUCAGCACGCACCAGUUUAAACAGCUGCUGGCCGUACCACCUGCACCUCUCAUUAGCUACAGAAGUGAGCCCCAUUACAACCGAGCCCAGAAGAGUUCCCAGUCCAUAGCCUUCCCCAGACUGUUAUACUUUGGGGAUCAGAACCUGCUGACGUGGACAGACUCUGCUAUCUAUGUCUUCACUCCUCAGAGUGGCCAGGUACUGCUGUGGACCGAGGUCAAAGACGUGGUUGAGAUAGCGGUGUACCGCAACGAGCUGUUCUGUCUCCAUGGUGACGGCCGCAUGUCCCACCUCUCGCUGUUGUCUGUGGAGCGGUGUGUCGACAGGUUGCUACGCAGGGAGGCGUGGUCUCUAGCGGCCACGGUCUGUGUGAUGUUUCAGCAUGCGAUCGCCCCCAGCAGGGCCAGGAAGUCGAUUCCCAUCGACCGACUGGAUCACCUGAGGUCACAGCUCAGUGUGACCACCCACCUGGAUCUGAUUGGCCAGCUGGAGGAAGUGGUCGCCAAGCUGGAGCCUCUAGACUCCGCCUCCAGCAGUCGCAGGAGCAGCAUCUCCUCUCAUGAGAGCUUCAACGUCCUGGACUGUGGCAUCUACCGUGUCAUUAGCCGGCGAGGCAGCCAAUCAGACGAGGAGACCAGCUCCCUGGUCAGCCAAUCGAUGCUUGAGGAGGAGCGGCUGAAGGAGUUUAGCUUUGUUCAGGAGGAGGAGGAGCAGCAGGGGGCGGAGCAUGAUCCCCAGAGCGGUGGUGGUUUGGAGGUUACUGAACCCAGCGGUAACCACCAGUUCCACCUCCCCCUGUCAUUCCGCCCCAAACACUCCCGCAUCGCCCUGCAGGCCGUCAGAGACAGUGUCUCCAGUUUUGUGAAGAAAACGACUGAGAAGAUCAACACUCUCCAGAUGAACUCUGACCUCUGGCCACGUCCCCCUGACCCUAAGGACGGGGGUCAAGGACAUCUGGAGGCUGUAGCUACCACUGUACCGUUCCCAGAGGACGGUGACCACGAGGAGUGUCUGGACCAAGGAAAUGCAGAGACGGAUCAACAGGACCUGAUAACGGCUACAGAGAAAGGGAUCUCUCAGAUCCAGGAUCCCUUGGUUCUGUUGGACCCAGCCUGUCUCAAAGAAACUCUACAGGAGUGGAUCCCUGUGUUGGAGAGGGUUCUAGGUCCUGAGCUGGAUCUAGGUCUGGGAAAGCAGAGUCCAGCUGGUGAGGAGGAGGAGACGGAAGAUGCUGCAGACAACCGUCCAGAGAACGUUCAGUCUGAGAUCCCCUCGAGCUCUCCUGAGGGCCAGGAGGAAGGGAAGAGAGGAGAGGAUUCCCCACAACAAAAUGGAGGACAAGAGGACCAGACGGAGGGUCAGGACCAUCACAGACCUGACGAGGCCUCCACUGAAGAGAACCUGAGGGUGUGGUCCCCCAAACCUCUCCCCCCAGACCUCCAGGCUCACCUUACCCAGCUGGCCACUCUGUACCUGGAGCUGGGUUAUUUUGGGGACCCCGUUGUCCAGAAAGAGAGGGGUGUAGUAGGGGUCAAUGCAUUCUUGAGACGGUUCUUCUUCCUUCUGGACCAGGAGCGGGUGAGGAGGAUGUGUCUACUCGGCUACGGGGACCAGCCUGAGGUCCACAUCUCCUUCAUGGAGGCCAUGCUAGAGCUAACCCAGUCCAGUAAGGUGGUAGAGGUGAUCCAGAAAGGAGACCUGCUCAAAUCUCUACGCUGUCUCAGAGAACUACAACCCUGGAGCGCUCCGAUGCUCCUCGCUCACCUGCACAGGUUGUAUGAGAAACAUGGAGAGUUAGCAGUUCGCUCCUUCACCCAGUUCUAUCCCACAAUCCUCCCCUCUGACGUCACAGCCAUGGCCAAACAAAGCCACUUCCUGGCUUACCUAGACAACCUUGUCCAAUCACGGGCCGAGGAACAAAGACUGUCGUUCCUUGGGUCCCUCCUCCAACCAGAGGCUCUGCGACAGGAUUGGCUGAGGCUGGCCCUUACCCACGAUGCACCUCAAAAGAGCGACACACUGACCACAGACGGACAACCGAGAUGGCACUCCCAUUUCUUCAGCUGGGGUUAUGGUCGUCUCCUAUCCCUCCUGAUACGCCUUCCAGCUGACCUGGCCUCCAAACAGAAGAUGGCUGAGACAUGCAGGAUCAACGGGUACUGGACUGGCUAUGUGUACCUGUGCUGUGAGCUCCAACGUCGUACAGAGGCUUUCUCUACCAUCUGUAGACUGGACGACAUGAGUCUGCUGGAGGAACCCAGUGGCAUGGUGCCUCAGACCAUGGAUGAGUGGAAGAUGCUUCUCCAGCUGUCUCAGCAGUGUAGUAACAGCAGACCGUCUGACCAUAUCCCAACCCCAGAUCCCAACCCCUCCUCGGCUCCCACCCCCUCCUUGGCUCCCACCCCCUCCUCUGCUCCCACCCCCUCCUCUGCUCCCACCCCCUCCUCGGCUCCUACCCCCUCCUCGGCUCCUACCCCCUCCUCGGCUCCUACCCCUUCCCUGGCUCCUACCCCUUCCCUGGCUCCUACCCCUUCCCUGGCUCCUACCCCUUCCCUGGCUCCUACCCCUUCCCUGGCUCCUACCCCUUCCCUGGCUCCUACCCCUUCCCUGGCUCCUACCCCUUCCCUGGCUCCUACCCCUUCCCUGGCCCUAGCCUCCAACGGGACCAGCCCCAGCCUGACCAAUGGUGGCGCUGCAGCUGACCAUAUCCAGACAGAGGUGACUCCAGAGAACCUGGUCUUGCGUCUGGCCCGGGCUGUGGGCCCCGACCGGGCCCUUGAGGCCCUACAGGAGGUGGGGAUGCAGUCGGACAUGGAGCUGGGGCCACACUCCACCCUGGUCUGUGAGCUGCUCCGUGUGGCUGAGAAGAGACAGAGGGCUCUGAUCCAGACCAUGCUGGAGCGCUGUGAUCGCUUCCUCUGGUCCCAGCAUGCUUAGUGAGACAACACCAACCAACGCGUCUAGCGGGUCCUUAACCAACGCCAUUCAGAACAACUAUUACGGACAACUGCUCUGGGGAGUAAUGUUAGGGUCAAUUCCAAUUCCAAAUCAGGCAGUUAAACGGAAAUUUAAUUUCCAGUUAUCCACAUUGAAAAAAGCGAUUUAAUUGACUGAAUUGAAACGCAAUUGAUCCCAGCCCUGAUCUGAUCCAGAGACGAUCUGAUCCGAAACAAGUUAAAUUACCCUUAAUGUGACCACAAUGCUUACUAACUACUUUUUAAACUGGUCCAUAAUAAUUUAUGUUGCACCAUUCCGGAGUUCCAUUCCGCACCAAUAUUCUAGAAUGCGACUCAGGUUGACCUGGUACUGUCAAGACAGAAGACUGUAUUUAAGUUGUUAUAUUUUAUAGUUGCCAAAACCCUGCCUUACCGAAGAAAUAUGGGAUUAAUCUAUAAAUGAUCUGGAAGUAUUGUUUUUGAAUUGUGAUGCAUUUUCCAUCCUGAUGAUGGUAUAUCUGACUUCCUCCUUGGGUCAAACUACUGCAACAUGGUUAUAAAGCACCUGAAUUCAUCGUUUUGAAGACAUUUGUGAAAAUAUAAUUUUAUUGAAAUGCUCUAGUCUAUUAAUAUAAUAUUUAAUGUGAAUAAUAAAAUAUAUGAUGGUGAUCUGA